AUGACGGGCAACAGGCUUCAUUCUUUUGGUCUUCUGCGUGGCGGCUUUCCGCUUUCGCUGCGAGGUGGUGGUCGUGGUAGUGCGACGUGUGUCCGCAUGCGCCGGCAUGCGGCAUGGGAUUUUGGAUUCACUUGGACGUUGAGGAGCGCCAAGAUGCCGUACUCGCAUGAAUUCCAUGGAGGCCACAUACGCAAUCCUUACGUGGAGCAACGUCUUUGUGCGUGGCGGCAACUCAAGUCAAAAGUCACGGAAUCGGCCACUUCUUCAUGUGCAGUUGGAGUCGCUGGGCCAACAAAUUUCCGGCCACUAUUUCAUUUAUUAACUGCAAAAACGCGUAGCGCCCUAGAAGAGUCCGCGGAGAACUUUAUCCAGGGUGAACGUCGUCGUCUAUACGCCAUUUAUCGACCCUCGCCAAGCGGAGAUGACUCAUUGAUGCCCUCUCCAUACGACUAUGUUUGCGUCCUUCAGAGGCUAAGUGCGUGUGGCAUGGGGGUUACUUCCAAGAUUGUGUAUUUGAUUCUGGUGGAAUUACUGAAGAAACCGCUGCAUCCCUCUCAGGCAGGAACGGAGUGGGACCUCCCGGAGGAGGCGACGGUGAAUGUGCAGGCAAGAGCACUGGAAGCGGUGAUGUCCGGCCUGGAAGGUCGCGACGCCUUGGCGUUUGCGCAGAGCUGCCUCAUGCCGCCGCUCUCCUCGACUACUGGCACGGAUGGGAGUCGUCAUUCUGGUGAGAUGGUGCUUAUUCACGCCAUUCAUCGGCAGCUGAAGGGUAGUGGCGUCAAUCCCACUCCUGUGGGAGUGAACGGUAGGAUCAUCGAUGGUAGAUUGAUUGUGACGCCCUUUGUGGUGGCUGCUGUGGCGGCAGCUUUGAUUCGGUGUAAUACAAAUACGAAGAAGCAACAGGCGUUUGAGCUCUUGCAGCUUGCAUCCAUUGCCCGGCUGAGGGGCCUGAAUUUAUUUGAUGAGAACGUUGCUGAGAGAUGUGCUGAGGCUGCCGCUCUCAUUGGUGACGCGGAGACGGUCACACGGAUCAUAUUUAUUUUGUACCGCGCUCGCGGGGUGCUGGGUCAGUCAGUUAGCUCAGAAAACGCCGCGGGCGAAAAUGCAGACGACGGUGUGAUUAAUAGUAAAGGCAAGGGCGGUGGCUCGCUUUGGGAUCGUGUUUUUUUGGGUUUGGGCCUACCAGCUUCGGCGGAGAAGCGCACGGAAGGCGAUGGAGAUGCUGCUUUUCGCCGAGCAACCGUUCGUCUCUUGAAGAGUGUUAUUCACGCUGCUCUGCGCCGCCCCAAUGCCACUGACUCUCGCGAGGAGUCGUUGACCGCUAUAAGAGAGGCGGUGCGUCUGUUUGGUUCUUUGCGUAUGGGAUGUGACUGGGACGGCACCGCUUCAAUGGCUGUGGAGCUCCUUACGCAAAUGGGUGUGGAGACACGGAGGUACCUUGAUCAUGAACCACACGAUGGGGACAUGGAACCGCUCUUUUAUCUCCAUCGGGAGGCGCUGCGAGUCGUCAUUGUGCUUUGGGACGCUCUGCCAUCUCGUCCCUCAGCGUAUCAGCACUCAGUGUAUGCAGCGUGCGCAGCCCUAGCAAUGAAAUGCUACCUCGUUGAGGUUUCGAUCAGCACGGAGAAUGGUAUGACGGUUCCUGUGCUGGCAGUGCCAUUUUUUUCUUCACGAAUCAAGCAGCUAGACUAUUUGUUCGCUGCUAUAACCGCGACGUUGGAUCUGUUUGAUUCUAUGUCGCCUGAAUGUCAAGUACAACAAAUGCAUCUGGCCGUGACCUUUUCCGCUGCAGCCGUGGCCAUUAGCAGCGUCCGACCCAAUGACGGAUCUAUUAUUGAGCAUAUCUUUUCUCGCCUGAAGGAACUGUUUUUUCGGACAGGGUUGCUGACAACGAACCCAACGGAUAUGAUGAGUCGGUUCUCAUCGCUUGGUGACCAGGGCACUGUUUGUGGGGCUUUAUGGCUUUAUAUGGUUUUGUCCGCGGGCCUGCUUCCUGUCUUAUUGGGAGAAGGAGAAAAAAUGCACGCUGGUGAGGUCCUGGGAGAGGGAAUGGACAAAUGGGUGGCAAGCGCUCUUCCGAGUCAACGAAGGCUCUUGUGGGAGCUCUUGUCAAGUCCGGUUUUCCACGCAUACUUUUCGCUAAUGCCGUCUCUUCUAACUGUGAUGGUUUCUGCAGUGGAGCUCGCUCUGGACACUGCUCGCACCUCUCCCGAGAGGCGAUCCGAGGCUGUGGCUAUGCUGCGAUUUCUUUACAGUCAGAGGUGGUGCGACAGCGUCGCAGACGCUACAGCUCGUGCAAUUGCUGAUAGGUUGCUUAGCUCUUUGCUGCGAUUUGGUGUGACCACCGCAUCUGCGACCGACAUAGCUGAGAAGUGUUCAAGCGACUUGGAGACGAAUUUUGCCUCCGAGGAAGUCAUACUAGUAAUUGGGGCAUCGGGCAUUCAAAAUGCACGCGGCACAAAGCGGGAUUUGUUGGAGCUACUACGUGAGAUGGCAUCGAGCUGUGAAACCGCAGGCGUGUCUCUCCAUGUGGGAUCUUCUGGAGCCUUUACGCGUCGAUUGAUUUUGACGCUAGACGCCGUGAUAUUAUUGGUGGAGUUGUCAUUGAGGAUCGACGAUGGGAAAUGUAUUAAUGAGGGGGCAUUGGAGGUGUUGUCUUGGCUUCAGCAAUGUCCACCGUUGGAUCCACUCUUUCACCAAGUGCUCAUCAUGACACCCAACUCCCGCGUAGCGUCGUUGUCGGUGGAAAUGGCGCGUGAACGGCGUUGCUCUGUCUGGAGUCAAAGGUUUAGGGAUGGAGUGGGUGAAUCCUGCGCCAUUGCAUUAGCUCUCGCCGACAGAAUAACGAACCCAGCGCAGGCCAGCCGGGUCGCCGUGUUUUUAUGGGAUAAUGAUGAUGAGGAUGGUGCUGACGAUGGAGCAGGAAGGCAUACGGGGGCGAAAACGCGUUACGCUCUUCUUUCGCGCCACGGCGUGAGGCCAUUGUCACGACGAAGAGCACAGGUGCAGCGUGCCAAGGCAGACGUUAUGGAGAUUCUACGAGCCUCCUUUCCUCCGGAGUCCUUCACGGCGCGUCACCGGCGUGAUCAGAAAAAGUUAUGUGUAAAAAGUUCUUUUGAGCGGCGUGGCGUCGUCAGUCCUUCGUCUCACAUUCCAUGA